AUGCCUCCACGAAGAUACCCCGCUAUAAAGAAUGUGGUUGAAGAGGAGCAACAAGCUCCAAACAAUCCCUUGAAUGACCAAUUCUCAAAUGCCAAGUUUCGAGCGGCUUUUCAAGUACUUCCUCAAGCCGUUAUGACUCAAGGCAAUCGUGAGAUGGUUGCUCUUGUGAACCCAAAUGUGGGGACUACGGCGAUAAGAAUAUGGUCUCAAAAGAGUGCAAGAAAGAUGGCUAUAUUGAUUCGGAAAAUGGAUAUCUCUAUACUAUUGACCUAUGCGGAGCAAAUAGAGAGUGAGAAGUUAAGGUACUCCAUCCAAGGAUCUUCAAAUUCUACUAUUCCAAGGUUUGACAAGGAUAGUGUACCCAACCAUAAGCCUCAAGGAGGUGCUCCUAUUGGUCAAGUGACCCCCGUAUGCAAGAAGUGUGGUAAGAACCACAAGGGUGGGUGUUUAGCGGGUUUGAAUAUGUGCUAUCGAUGUAGUAAGUUGGGUCAUCAUGCUAAGGAAUUCAAGGUCAAAGAUAAUCGUUCUCAAGGCCAAGUUGCUCAUAGAGUCCAAGUUGCACAAGGUGCUCAAGUGUAA